CGGGCGCCCGCUAUAAAACUCCCGCGCCGGGGAAGGAGCCCGCAACAAGCGGCGCAAAGCCGGACCCAGCGCGAUGGAGGUGCUCCCAGUGGAUGUACCCAAAAACCUCUCUUCGUCGUCUUCUCGGUCUCACCAAGAAAUAGUCCACAAAAUAGAAAAAACACGCAACAUGACACUUUACAUGCAAGAGGGCUCUGAACAGCUGCUGUCAAACUAUGUGAGUCUUCAAAGUGUGCGGAAUUCUUUAACAGAGGCAUUUCAUCAAGAGGAGCCCUUUGGGGAUCCGGAUUUCAACCCUUCUCCUCAGCCUUUUCCAGGGCUGCCAUUGCCUACUCUUUCAACCAAAGUUUGGCUGGACCUUAGUGACCCCGAACGCUUGCAGCAGAACUUCGGGGCUUUCUCUAAUUUGCCAGAGUACCUAACCACGGUGAAGCUCCAGCAAGUCGAUCUGAACCCAGAAGCCUCUGAACUGCAUGAUCUUCUCGAAACAUCAAGCGUACAUUGCCUCGGUCUUGCAAACAACCUGAAAGCCGUCAUGGAUUCCCUGGGCAUCUUACCUGGCCCGGUUACUCCAGCUGAGCCACCAGGAAUGGAGGACACCUUCAUCAAGAAAUUCACCGGCUACCUAAUUUGCCACCUCUACCGGGACUGGGUCAAGCGUUGCCACAAGGACAUGGCCCUCCUGGCCGCCAAAUACCCUGCUUGAGUUUUCUACUCUGCCCUUGAUCCUUCAGUGGAGGCAGGUGGCUUUCAUCAUGAUUUUUGCUCGAGUUGGUUCUCAUUUUGCAGAGGUCUGUGUGGGAGAAAAUAGAAGGAAGUGCCCACUGGUGGCCCUUUCCUUGAGGUAAACAUGGUUUUGACACUGUGCCAUUAGCGGUGCAAAACUGAACUCGCCGUCUUGCCAGUCCCUUCCAUCUUUUCUUCUUAUCUUCCUUUGAAUAUGAAUGGAAAAUCGUUCUCAAGGGUGGCACAGGAUCGGUUAUACUAUUAGGCGCCUUGAAGCAGUCUCUUGGUUCUUUUGCCUAAAUUCCUGGCUGUGCCACUGAAUGAGGAAUGAGGAAUUAUUCACAGAGUGGCACAGGAUCACUUACACCAGUGUUUCUCAACCUGGGAGUCUAGACCCCUGGGAGGGUUGCGAGGGGGUUUCAGAGGGGCCGUCAAAGACCACCAGAAAACAUAUAUUUCUGAUAGUCUUAGGAAGCCCUUUGGCAGCAAAUGAAGUUGGGCAU